AUCCCAAUUCGCCCCAGAGCACACAACACCGUCAACAAUCAUGGGUGGUAGCUCGUCGACCUACAUCUCCAAGUCUGGCACGUGCAGCAACGUCAUGGACCAAGUCUCGGCGGCGACCUGCACCGGCACGUGGGACGCCGCGUCCUCCGUGUGCACGAUCUACAACCCGAGCAUCGGCAGCAUCUUUUGCGAAAACCGCUACGGGACGUGGACGCCCAAGGGUGCGGCGCCGGCACCAACGACGACAACACUACCGCCGUUUAUCUUUACGCCACCCCCGACGCCGGCCCCGACGACGGCGCCACCGCCAAAGAAUUCGCCCGACUGCAAGUGUCCUCCGGGACGCGCAUCCUCGGGCUGCUCGGCCGAGGGCUUUUGCAACGGCUGCUAUUUGCCGACACCGAGUGGCGGUGUCGUCUGCUUUGGCUCGGCGCCCGCCUCCAUGUGCCAAAACCCGGGCAUGAAGUGGUGCGGCUACUAGUGCAGUACGAUCCAAAUGUCUGCUUGACCAGCAGCAUUGUACCAUCGUUGUGAAAUUCACGUCGUAUUGAACGUCUCAGCACAA